UAGCCGUCCUGACGGAAGAGAACACAACACUUGUCCUGCGUGCUGACGCGCAAGCGUCAAAAAGUUCGGUGCGCCAGCUCUGCAACUAGUCAUCUUUUACCAGCAGAGGGAAAUAAUGUUUAGGGGAUUUAAAGGAGAAUAUCUGAAGAUAACGUCAAAGAAUCGAAGAGUUACACCGAGGGCUGUGGGCAGCUGUAACCAUCUAUCACAUUUGGGAAACAAAGUCAACGUACAGGGAAAUGCCCACGAUUAAGUUUGUCUUUACUGCUGUGAUAGCUAGCUGGCUGGCCCUGUUAGCUUUUUAGCGAGGAAGGUGCGCGCACACUGGACUGGUGGACAUAACCCAACUUAAUAGGCAAGUUAGAUAGAUACACACUGCUGGGGAUAUUUGUCCUAACGUUGAAAAACAGUUUGGCGCGUUGUGGGUUGGGCUAUCAAACUCUAGGAGAGGUAGUGCCUGCCACGGGUUUUGAAUCUUUUUGGGUCCGCGUCAAACACUGACAAGAGAAAACGCACAGAUUUAACAUUAGGGAAAAGAUCAAAGUUCAACGCUAUCAAACAGCGAUUCCCUGUUUGCCAUUACGGAUGACCCAUCAGGCUUGUAACGCUGGACUCGCUACCCAUCGUCCCCAUCGGACCUAGUUCAUCUUCCUUCUCCGUGAUGGGCCCCCUGUUCAGCUAGUGAGAGGCGUGGAAACCAUCUGCAGCUAUGGGAGGUUGUGUGGGGAGAUACUGGGAAGGCUGGGAGGACUCACAGAGCCGAGGCUCCUCUAGGAAUGCUGGACGAGGAGGACGUAACGAGCCUCUGAAGAAAGAUCGUCCCAAGUGGAAGAGCGAUUACCCUAUGACAGAAGGCCAGCUACGCAGCAAACGGGACGAGUUCUGGGACACGGCACCAGCCUUUGAGGGUCGUAAGGAGAUCUGGGAUGCCCUGAAAGCUGCUGCUGUGGCCCUGGAAUGUAAUGACCAUGAGCUGGCCCAGGCUAUAGUGGACGGAGCCAGUAUCACGCUGCCACAUGGUACUCUCACAGAGUGUUACGAUGAACUUGGGAACCGCUACCAGCUGCCUGUCUAUUGCCUGGCUCCGCCUGUCAACCUCAUCUCAGAGCGCAGCGAUGAAGACCCCAGCGACAGCCCCGAAGCCCCCGUAGCACCCAAGAAAGAAUUCCAACUCAAGGUACGGCUGUCUACAGGUAAGGACCUGCGCCUCAGCGCCAGCAUGACGGACACCAUAGGGCAGCUUAAGAAGCAGCUGCAGGCCCAGGAGGAUAUUGAUGCGGCCCACCAGCGUUGGUUCUUCUCUGGCAAGCUGCUCACUGACAAGACUCGGCUGCAAGACACUAAGAUCCAGAAGGACUUUGUCAUCCAAGUCAUUGUCAACCUGCAGGCCCUGCAAGCCCCCCAGCUGUCACCCACCACCACUGCCUCAUUGUCUCCGUCUGAAUAGCUGAGGACGAACUGGAGGGAUGAUGCAGCAGAUGACACACCCUGAAGGACCAGAGGUGCCUCCUAAUGCUGGAUAACUUAUGCUUUUUAAAAACACAAAUUGUUACUGAAAUUAAAAGAACUUUUGUGGAGGUACAAAAGGACAUGUGAAACUCUGAAGUGCUGCUUCCUUUGUCUAGCAGGUGUCAUUGUAUUUUAUUUGGUUCUGCUGGGUUCUUGAAGUGUAUCUGGUCACCACGGUAACUCCGGAGAUCCUCUUCUUCUUGUUUCUUUGAGCCACCUGGAAAAAAUAGCAGAACUUGUGCUGGUGUGCAGCCUUAUCAGCUACAGUAUGAUGUCUGCACUAAUGCUAAGUGCCAGUGGAAGAAAUGCAAAGGUGUUCGUGUUGGUUCUAAAGCACAUUUCUACUAGGAUGCUCAUGGACUCUACACUGCACUCCUUUUUUCUCCAGAAAAACAGGAGGGGGUAAGUGUUGGACAGAAGGAGUCAGAUUGUAAACAUUUGUCUUUUUCUUUGUCUUUUAUUGAGUAAAAAUAACAGCUUUUUUGCACAUUUGAAGAUUAUCACUAUACUUCUGUGGUAGCUUGUGUGCCUUCUACAAAAUGACACAAAAAAGGGCUAAUGUCCUGAAAGAUGCUAGUUUUACAGCUAGGCUUCGGUGUGUAUUUUGUUUUGUUUUUUAGAUUCAGGAACCUUUAGAUCAAUCCAAGUUGUAACAGAUACCUGCCUUUUUAAUGAUCUCAUGACUCUUGCAGAUAAAGCAUAUGGGAUGUGAGUGCUGUGUGUGUGUGUGUGUGUGUGUGUGUGUGUGUGGGCAAAAGGAAUAGGAAUAUGUAUUUGACCCACCUGCUACAUUUCUGUUUACCAUGGCACACAGAGACAAGACUGUUUCCCAAGUUAUAACUUUGCAGUCAAUCACAUAUUUUUAAGGGAAAUAGAAAUUCCCAUGUAAAAAUUAAGGUCUUAAAACUUGCAUUAUUGACCACUACAGAGACAGCAACACAGUCCUGAUAUGAUGCUUAGGGCUGCUUUUUUCACCAUGUGAUGAAUGUAAAUACAGUAUUCUUGCCUUUUAUCCUCAGUGUGGCCCAGAAAAACAUGUGUCCUGUUUGUUCUUUAGGUGUUUGACUUUCUUCACCAGCAUACAGAUGACUCAACUGAGCUUCUUUUCCAGAAAUGUUCACCUUCAAGUUUUAUAUGUGGGGGUUGGUGAGAGCUGUUAGGAGUUGGCCAUAUGGAGCAGUGAACCAAAACAAUGAGCUAAAAAGCUGUAAAAUGUGGAUAUUGGCCAUUUUGUCUGACAGUUAAAAAUCUCACUGAGCAGUCGGGGACUACCUUUUUAUAUAGUAGUACAAAGACAUAUCUGUUGGCAUUGUGAUUGCAUCAAAGAUGAGACACAACUAAGCAGACGUAGGUCACCGUCGCUUUGUUAGUGUCAGAUUUGGGUUAGCUCAGAGGCCAGAUAUUUAUCCAAUUCAGGGUUGAGCAUCGAGUCCUGCAGUGAUUUUAUGUGAAGCCUGCGUUGUGGCAGUCAUGGUAGAACGCUCCCCCACCACAUGUUUACAGCUUGAUGAGCCUUUUUUUCAUUCACUGCUCAUGUCAGACAGAUCUCAAGCAGUGUUAUCACUGAGGAAAUGAAACUGAAUCAUCUGUUUGAAACCUAACUGAGCCAUACCCCAGUAUAUUAAGGAACAUGUUUCUUUGGUUUUACUUUAAAUGAGAGUUGCAUUUUUGUACAGUAUGUGUUUUCAUCCUUGAAAGUCAUCACAAUCACCCUUUCUCAUUGUUAGUUUCAGGCCCUUCCCUUUACUGAUGGUUUUCUGGGGAUAUUUCUUGAUCAUUCUAAGCAAACUUGAAUACACAUUUAUCUGUAUGUGCAAUACUACAGGCAUAGGCCUCAGCAUUUUUGUUUCUGACUUCAGAUUUCAUAAAACACCAGCUAUGAGUAUUGUUAAAAUUAUGUCAGAAUACAGGUGAGAGCCUGUUAAAAUCUAAAGCCUGUGUCACAUAAUCAGCUGCCUCUUUUAACCGUUUCCUAUGUUCAUGUUUGUCACUUUGAAAUGCCUUGACCCUUCCUCUUUCAUAAACAAUAGCUAAACAUUAAAAAUGCCUACGUACCUUCCCAGUGUC